UUACAAGAAGUUUCAAAUUCCCUGUGGUGGUCCAGAGCUAAAUGCAACAAUCGUAUCAAAUAGCUCAGCAUAUGAACAUAUGUGUAAGCCAAAGUAUGUUAUCUUUAAUUCCAAGACCGUGUAUGCUUUGCCCACCAUUGCUUUUGCAUUUGUGUGCCACCCAUCAGUCCUCCCGAUUUACAGCGAACUUAAAGACCGCUCACAGAAAAAAAUGCAGUUGGUUUCAAAUAUCUCAUUUUUUGCCAUGUUUCUGAUGUACUUUAUGACUGCCAUAUUUGGCUAUUUGACUUUCUAUGAGGGUGUGCAGUCAGACCUGCUUCACAAAUACCAGAGCAAAGAUGACAUUCUUAUCCUGACUGUGCGCUUGGCUGUGAUCGUGGCAGUGAUACUCACUGUGCCGGUGCUGUUUUUCACUGUGCGUUCAUCGUUAUUUGAGAUGGCUAGAAAAACAAAAUUUGACUUAUGCCGUCACGUUUCUGUUACUUGUGUUCUUUUGGUUAUCAUCAACCUGUUAGUCAUCUUUAUCCCAUCUAUGAAGGAUAUUUUUGGAGUUGUAGGGGUCACUUCUGCCAAUAUGCUGAUUUUUGUUCUUCCUUCGUCGUUGUAUUUAAAAAUUACACAGCAGGACGGAUCAAAGUUUACACAGAGGAUUUGGGCUUCUCUUUUCUUGGCACUGGGGAUAAUGUUUUCCCUAGUGAGCAUUCCCUUGGUCAUCUAUGACUGGGUACAAUCAGGAGGCAGUGCUGAAGGCCACUGAAGUUCAUCUCCUUCUGAAAAGAAAACUCCCGUUUGCUACACACCAAAAUCGCAACCAUCGUUCUGUUAUCUAUUCCAUCUUUUGUGAGUUUACUCAAAUCAAAUCCAAAUAAUGAUUAUCCGGUACUGAAACUACUGUUCUGGGUAUAUUUUCUUGCAGAACACAGACCCAUUUUUCCAACAGGCACAUCACUCUGUCCCCCAGUAGCUACCAGAUCAGCACGAAGUGUGUAUUAGUUGUCUGUGAGACUAUACAGAGCAUUGCUGAU